AUGAAAAGAAAGUUGAAUUCCGUUUCGGGUUCAAGCAAUGCCGCAGGAAAAGGCUCUUCUUCUUCAGGUUCUGCUCCUACUGCAACUUUCAAAGGGCCUAAAAAACCCAUGAAACAAUCAAGAUUAAAUUUCGGAACGGUUUUGGUAAUAAAGAAAGAACCUAGCAGCAGUGAUGGUGAGGAUUCGGAAAAGGCACAAACAAAUAAUAUGAAGAAUAACGAUGUCGUAGUGGUGCUAGAUGAGGAGGGUGAACAAUCUGAAAAUUCAAUUCUUGAAAGUAACAAACAUUUGCCCAAUUCGAUUGGCAUUCUUAGUGCAACUUCUUCGAACAUGUUGUCACGAUUUUCAAAUUCUUUAGAGAGUAUUAAUUCAUCAUCAUCUUUUUCUGAAUUAUCUACAAUACUCGGAACUGAUCAUCCCUAUGACACGAACAAGCAAUUCAAAUUUAUUAGUUGGAAUGUAAAUGGAAUUUCUGCCAUUGUUCGAAAACAACCCAAUUAUCUAAAAAGAAUUUUCGAGAAUGAAAUGCCAAUUUGUGUUUGUCUACAAGAAACAAAAUUAUCUACAGAUAUUAAGAUUGCUGACAUGCAAAAAUUUCAUUUCAAAGGUUAUGAAAGUCAUUUCAACACAUCAGAGGCAAAAAAGGGUUAUUCAGGGACUGCAGUGUAUAUUUUGAAAAAGAGCCCUUAUCGAGUUCUUCGUGUAAAGUUUGGAAUUGGAAUUGAAAAACAUGAUCAAGAAGGGAGAUGCAUUACUGUGGAGUUUGACAAAUUUUAUUUGGUCAAUACUUAUUGCCCCAAUUCUGGACAAAACCUCGAACGCUUAGAAUACAGAACAAAAGAAUGGGAUGUGGAUUUAUUGAAAUACUUUGAAAAAUUGGAAAAGAAAAAACCAGUGAUAUGGACAGGAGAUUUAAAUGUUGCUCUCACACCCAUUGAUAUAUACAAUCCAGAAGGCAAUGAAAAAUGUGCUUGCUAUACACCUCAAGAACGUGCAAGUACUCCAAUUGUCACAAAAACAAAUCCUCCCUUCAUUGAUGCAUUUCGACUCAUUCACGGCAGCAAGAAAUUCUGCUACACAUAUUAUGGAUAUCGUAAUAACAAGCGUGACAAGAAGGAAGGUUGUCGAAUUGACUAUUUUAUUUGUAGCGAAUCCUUAAAACCUUUCAUUGAGGAUUGUUACAUUUUGGAUGACUAUUAUGGAAGUGAUCAUCUUCCUAUUGGACUAAUUCUGAGCAAUGGUAGUAGUUGCAGUCUCAAUUCAAACUCAACUGUAGAUGUGGAUCUUCAAACAACAACUCUGUGA